GAGAUGGGAUCUGCUGACGGCGGGGGGAGCAAACUCCACCCAGCAGAUAGGAUCUCAGGCAGGCGGAGCGGAGGGCAGCCUGUGUCCAGAGGGCUCGGGCUGGCUGGGCUGGACGCGCUUAACAAGUCCCGCAGAGAACUUGUAAAGGGGCAAAGUCCGGGAGCGUGAGCGUGGAGGGGACGCGGUGUGGAAGUUAGUGUGUGAGAGGAAACUUAAAGCGCAUGUUGUUUUAAACAGAAAUGCUCCAAAGAUGGCGGUGGUAAUCGCGACGGGCGCUUCGGGAUCCUCCGGAGUGCCAAAAAGUGGAUUUGUGGAGGUUUUGGUGCGGGAGAGCUGGCACAAAGUUUUGGUCAACUUGAACGAGGAAGCGCUCACGUUGAGCUGCGAGGAGAGCAGCGUCAGCGACAAUGUCAACUCUAACGGCGUCUCUCACGGAUCCUACCUUGACAACAGCAACACGAACUCCAACAACGGCCCCCAAACUGUGCGCACCGCGUUCACGGACCUCCCGGAGCGAGUGCCCGAGGCGAUCGCCAACAGAAAGCGGUGCGUCAAGGUGACCAAGCAGGAGAUCGGGGGGCUGGGGAUCAGCAUCAAGGGCGGCAAGGAGAAUAAAAUGCCCAUCCUCAUCAGUAAGAUAUUCAAGGGGCUUGCAGCGGACCAGACCCAGACUCUUUACGUCGGGGACGCUAUCCUGUCCGUGAACGGCAUGAACCUGCGGGACGCGACCCACGACGAGGCUGUGCAGGCGCUUAAACGUGCCGGGAAAGAGGUGACACUGGAAGUCAAGUACAUGCGUGAGGCCACGCCGUACGUCAAAAAGGGCUCCCCCGUGUCCGAGAUCAGCUGGGAAACGCCCCCUCCUGACUCUCCCCGCAUCGGCAGCCCUGCCAUCACCACCUCCUCCUCCUCCGCCCCGUCUGACCCCACGAGCUCCCCUGCCAUGCCCUCCCUCUCCCUCCAAGGUGACAGAAGGUGCAUACCACUGAAGAUGUGUCAUGUUACCCGAGCAAUGACCACACCAGACCCCGAGAACAGACAACUGGAGCUACACUCUCCCGACGCCAGACACACUGUGGUGCUGCGGUGCCCAGACCAACCCUCUGCCCUGUCUUGGUUCUCUGCCAUUCACUCCGUCACAUCCACACUUACACAGCGGGCACUGGCAGAGGUUAUCCAGAAUACAGCCAGGAUAGGUGUUGGCAGCAAAGAGAUACGACACCUGGGAUGGCUGGCGGGGAAGACAGAGAGUGAGAAGCAGAGCUGGAGGCCCGUGCUGGUGGCCGUGACAGAGAAGGACCUGUUGCUCUACGACAGUUUACCUCGAGGCAAAGAGGCCUGGCAGGAGCCAGCACACACAUAUCCACUGUUAGCAACACGCCUGGUUCACUCUGGUCCUGACCUGGGGUCUCCUCACUCUGGCACCGAGCUGUUCUUUGCCACUAGGACCGGCACACGACUCGGCAUCGAGACGUACCUGUUCCGGGUGGAGACAAACAAGGACCUGUCCAUGUGGACCAGACACAUAGUCAACGGAUGCCACGCCUCAGCUGAGAUGAUCAAAGAAGUCAGUACAAGUUGUAGGUACCAAGGUCAGGAGUGUCGGCUGGUGAUUCACUAUGAACAGGGUUUCUCUGUGCAUGCUGACCCCACACUGGAAGACUGGGAGAACGGAGACGAGAGAAGAGCUCUCACUCCUACAAAACCCAAAGUGCUGCUCUCGUACCCCUACGAAAAACUAAAGACGUCGUCAGACGAUGGAGUUCGCAUGCUGCUCCUUGACUUUGGAGGGAAGGAGGGAGAGAUUCAACUGGACCUUCACUCGUGUCCAAAGCCUAUCGUCUUCAUCCUCCACUCCUUCCUCUCAGCUAAGAUCUCCCGCCUGGGUCUGGUGGCCUGACCGCUUCUCUAAAGAGACACUUUAAGCUCCUUCUCAAAAUCAAAAUCCCACCUUAUUUCCUCACCUGUCUGCAGAACACAAUGUUUAACUCCUUCAGUUGAGUUGAGGACCCAAGCUGAGUGAAUGUAGCUUCUUUCUGAAAAUUGACCUUUCUCAGGUCUCCAACUCUAGAUUAAAGAAACACUGGAGAAGCCAAUCUAAAUUGGUUUUGCUUUGAGCGAAAUAGACAGGUUUUGUUUCUUUUCCUUUUGGACAACCCCUCUGUUAAAGGGCUGCAUGGACUGACGUGUUAACUGAAGAACCACAGUAGAAAUAAGAUGAUUUAGAGGGACACACCAAAGGGAGCAGAUUGGGCAUUAUUGCCAUGUCCAGGACUGGAGGAACAAGUGCAACAGGGCUUGAUACAAGUUCACUUUUAAUUCAGUCCUUUAUAUAAUUUAUUCACCAUUAGCUCUGAAAGGACACACUGAAUUUCACUGGUGAUUUUUUUUUCUUCCCCAAAAACUGACAACUACACAGAGGAAAAACAUUUGUCUUCCUUAGUGUCUCACGAGAUGUCUUGUUAGAAGUGCCAGUAUUCAUCAUAGAACCUGGAGGCCACAUUUAGUGACAUUUCAAUUCUCUGGCCCGUUUAUCACUCAAUACAGGAAAAAGCAAAUCUCCAGUGAAAACAGUAUUGCAUAUACAAGGAGGUUUAUGAUCUGGUUUUAUAUAUUAAUGCUAUAACAACAGUACUGAACAAAAGUCUCACCAGCUUUGUGGUUAUUUGUCUGUCAUAUUCUGUGAUUAUUGACAUUUUGAUUGAUAUGACUGAAAUUCGGUCUUGUGUAUUAGCAUGGAUUUAACUUAAGUACAUAUGUCUUGAAUAAACCUGACAAAAUAUACCUUUUUCACAGCAGAUAUUUUUCCAAAUGAAAUGGUAGGACAAACAAAGUUGCACUCCAGGUUUAAGAGAGCCUCGCUUGUGUUGUUGUAGUAGGUCACACUAAAUACUUCAAUAGCUCCCACGUUAACCUGUAGGAGCAGUUGUUGUUUUUUGUCUGAAAAUGUGUCAUUUUAAAAUGGCAUUCAUAUGUCCUGUAUUUUCUGGAAGUGUUUCGAUAACGUGACUCGAGAAAUAAUUAUACUGCAUGGUCAUUACAGCAUUGCUAAAUCUAAUGGUCUAAAGACUUUUGCACAGUACUGUUUAUAAUUGAGUAUUAUUUGAAAUACACAGCUUUGACCUACUAAUUGAAGGCAGUGUUGAGAAUUUUUCGGGGACAUUCACUUUAUUACGUUCUUGCUGAGAGUUAGAGGACCCUCUGUAUGAAGCUAACGCCACUAGCCGCUCAUUAGCUUAGCUUAGCUUAGCAUGACGACUGUCCGCACUGGCAUUCAGUUUAAUCCCUUUGCUGCUACUUCUGGAUGUAAUCAUCUUCCUCACUGAGACAAUACCUGCUAUAAGUCAUUUUGAUUGAGUAAUUCUUAAUAUUCAUACUGAGGACUGGAACUGAAUCACAUGGUGCCACAGUCAAAUAAUGAUAACAGUAAGGUAACCACCAUCAUGAAGCAGCCAUUAUUUUAUAAGUUAUAAUCCCACAGACCAAAUCUGUUUACUGCUCUGUGGCUGACAUGACCUGCUGUCAGGUGUUUUCUUGUGCCUUCAGAUGAAUGAGAGAAAAGAAUAAACAUUUUAGUUUUGAAAGAAAUAACAAAAGCGAGACAGUGUGACUAUUCUAUUAUGGCUACAUUAGCUUGAAACCUUUUGUUUGCGCAUUUUUUUUUUAUUUAACAUAAUUCCAAUGAACAUUUUACACACACACUUCCACACACACUGUGAACAAUGAUGCACACUUUUUAAUCCUGCCACACUGUAAAAGAAACCCAAUACUUUGUUUUUGUUGAUACUAAAUGAUGGCAUUGUAACACACGAAGAAUCGAGUAUUACCAUACGACCUCAAGUAGAGAGAAGCGCUUUGAGUAAAGGCUGCUUUGAUGUGUACUCUGAUGCCUUCGGCAGCUAUACUGUACUGUCACUCAGAAUGAUAAAGUUUCGUUUUUAACUCAGAUUGUGCACAUAAAUCAUGUAUUUAUCAAAAGUGACACAA